GCUGUGCUCAACCGAAGUGUUAUCGUCCUGUGUGACAUCCGUAAUCCCAGCAUAAACAAGAACAGAGGUUUGAAUUAAAAAAAAUGCCCCAAACGAGUAAAGCAAAAAGUUGUGGAUGUAACGUCACCUGUGAAGUGUUCGGUCCAGACAGCGGAGAACCUCCACCUGCUGUAACUGAACCGCAAGAGUCUGAAGUAGCAGAUCCGAACAACAUCUUCCUCGUCAUCAAAUCACCAAAUGACCACAAAGCAUACAGGUAUAUUGAGCUGAGUAAUGGACUAAAAGCGCUGCUCAUAUCAGAUGCCACCAGCCAAUCAGAGAGCAGCAGAGAUUCAGUGGAUAAAGAGGAGGAAGAUGAAGGUGACAGUGGAUCUGCGAGUGACAUUAGUAAACACAGUGAAGGAGGGAAACAGAGCUGUCGUUCAGAGAAGCAGUCUGCAGCUGCACUCUGUAUCUGUGUGGGAAGCUUCAGUGACCCUGCAGAUCUUCCUGGACUCGCACAUUUUCUCGAACACAUGGUCUUCAUGGGCAGUGAGAAGUACCCAGUCGAAAAUGGCUUUGAUGCUUUCCUCAAAAAACAUGGAGGAAGUGACAACGCCUCCACGGACUGUGAGCGAACCAUCUUCCAGUUUGAUGUUCAGAGGAAAUACCUCAGAGAAGCUCUGGAUCGAUGGGCGCAGUUUUUCAUCUGUCCUCUGAUGAUUCCUGAUGCUGUAGACAGAGAGGUGGAGGCUGUAGACAGCGAGUACCAGAUGGCCCAGCCUUUAGACUCAAACCGUAAAGAGAUGCUGUUUGGAAGUCUAGCAAAAGCCGGUCAUCCGAUGAGCAAGUUCUUCUGGGGAAAUGCUCAAACACUAAAACAAGAGCCGAGAGAGAAGAAAAUCGACACUUAUCAGCGUCUGAGAGACUUCUGGAGGAGAUAUUACUCUGCACAAUACAUGACACUCGCUGUCCAGUCCAAAGAGACACUUGAUACGCUGGAGGAAUGGGUGCGAGAGAUCUUCGUUAAGAUUCCUAACAAUGGUCUGCCAAAGGCUGAUUUCUCAGACCUUCAGGAGCCGUUUGACACCCCAGAUUUCUGCAAACUGUACAGAGUGGUGCCUGUGCAAAAGGUUCACGCUCUGACCAUCAGCUGGGCUCUUCCACCUCAGGCUAAACAUUACAGAGUGAAACCCUUGCAUUAUAUUUCCUGGCUGAUCGGUCAUGAAGGAGUAGGAAGUGUCCUGUCUUUACUCAGAAAGAGGUGUUGGGCUCUGAGUCUGUUUGGAGGAAACAGUGAGUCGGGUUUUGAUCAAAACUCCACGUACUCCAUCUUCAGCAUUUCCAUCACUCUGAGCGACGAGGGUCUCCAGAACUUCCUCCAGGUCAUUCAUAUCAUCUUCCAGUAUCUGAAGAUGCUUCAGUCUGUUGGACCUCAGCAGAGGAUCUACGAGGAGAUUCAGAAGAUUGAAGCUAAUGAGUUUCACUAUCAAGAGCAGACAGAGCCGAUUGAGUUUGUGGCGAACAUGAGUGAGAAUAUGCAGCUGUUCCCGAAAGAGCACUUCCUGUGUGGAGACCAGCUGAUGUUUGACUUCAACCCAGAGAUAAUUUCAGCUGCUUUGUCACUCUUGACUCCAGCGAAGGCUAAUAUUUUACUGCUGUCACCCCAGCAUGAUGGUCUCUGUCCACUCAAGGAGAAGUGGUUCGGGACACAGUACAGUGUAGAAGAUAUUCCUCAGGAAUUCCGUGAUCUUUGGGCUGGAGAUUUUUCUCUGAAUCCUGAGCUUCACCUCCCAGCUGAGAACAAGUUUAUAGCCACGGAUUUCACCCUCAGAACAUCAGACUGUCCUGACACAGACUUCCCAGUCAAAAUAAUAGACAAAGAAAGAGGCCGUCUGUGGUUCAGAAAAGACAACAAGUUCAAGAUACCCAAAGCUUAUGCCCGAUUCCAGCUGCUCACUCCAUUCAUACAGGAAUCUCCUAAAAAUUUGGUCCUGUUUGAUCUCUUUGUGAAUAUUGUGGCUCAUAAUCUGGCGGAGCUGGCAUAUGACGCUGAUGUGGCACAACUGCAGUAUAAUCUACUUCCUGGAGAUCACGGCUUGUUCAUCAGACUCAAAGGAUUCAACCACAAACUGCCUUUGCUCCUGAAGCUGAUUGUAGAUCACUUGGCCGACUUCAGUGCCGCUCCAGACGUGUUUAGUAUGUUCAUUGAGCAGUUGAAGAAAACCUACUACAUCAUUCUUAUUAGACCAGAACGCCUUGGAAAAGACGUUCGGCUGCAGAUUUUGGAGCACCAUCGCUGGUCUGUGAUGCAGAAAUAUGAAGCCAUCAUGGCGGAUCUCAGCGUGGAUGAUCUCAUGACCUUUGCCAAUCGCUUUAAGGCUGAGUUAUUCGUGGAAGGACUCGUACAAGGGAACUUCACAAGUGCUGAGUCCAAAGAGUUUCUGCAGUAUUUUAUUGAGAAACUCCAGUAUGCGCCUCAUCCCGUUGAACCUCCUGUUCUGUUUCGAGUGGUGGAGUUACCACAAACACACCACUUAUGUAAAGUCCAGUCGCUCAAUAAAGCAGACGCAAACUCUGAAGUCACCGUAUACUAUCAGACUGGGCUGAGGAACUUGCGAGAGCAUACACUGAUGGAGCUGCUUGUUAUGCACAUGGAAGAGCCCUGCUUUGAUUUCUUGAGGACGAAGGAAACUCUAGGGUAUCAGGUUUAUCCCAUAUGCAGAAACACCUCCGGCAUUCUUGGCUUUUCAGUUACUGUCGAAACUCAGGCCACCAAAUUCAGCACGGACUUUGUGGAAGGUAAAAUUGAAGCUUUUUUGGUCAGCUUUGGAGAGAAGUUGGUUCAGCUGUCAGAUGAGGCGUUUGGAGCCCAAGUGACAGCGCUGAUCAAGCUGAAGGAGUGUGAAGACACACAGCUCGGGGACGAAGUGGACAGAAACUGGUUUGAAGUAGUCACUCAGCAGUAUGUCUUUGACAGGCUCAAUAAAGAAAUUGAAAUCCUGAAAGACGUCACCAAAGGUGAACUCGUAUCAUUUUUCAUGGAACACCGACAAGCAAACAGUAGAAAACUAAGCAUACAUGUGGUCGGAUUUGGAGAAGAAGAGAAGGAAACCCAUGGAGAAGACCAGUGCAGUUCAAACCCAGAGGCUUCUUCAUAUGCAAACAUCUCCAAACUCACCUUCCUCCCAGCGGCGGCCAUCUUGGAGAAGUCCACUAUGAUAACAGACAUCCGCGCUUUCACAUCUUCACUCAAUCUGUACCCCUACCACAAAGUCCUGAUCUGAUGGUGAAUACAUGGUAAAUUAAGCAUUUCAUCAGGUGACACUUUUAUCAUCAAGAUUUUACCUCGUGUAUUAAGCUACAGAUUAAUAUCUACAUGAUGUAUAUUAGAUUAUCAGGGAAAAUAUACAUAUCAAUCACAAAUAUUGACUGAAUACUGUAGCUGGAUUUAUUGAUGAUCUUUUUUAUGGUAAUAAUGUAUGUUGAAAGUUUGUUUUAGCUGAUAAAUUAUGAAAUGUUCAUUUUAAUAAAGAAUGUUAUUAGAAA